CUUCUCCGCUCUCCCCAAACCUUUCCCCCUUUCCCUCUUUUUUCCUCUCUCUAUAAUCUCCCUCCUCCACAAAUCUUUUCCCUAGUUUCCCCCUCCCCAGAUCUAUCUCCCUUUCCCUGUUUCCCUCUCCCCAAAUCUUUCCCCUUUUCCCUAACUUUUCCCCCUCCUCAAAUAUUUUCCUCUUCCCUUAAUUUCCCCCUAUUUUUUCCCUUUUCCCUAUUUCUUUUCACCCUCCUCAAAUCCUUUCCUCUUUCCUUAUUUUUUCUCCCUUCUCUCUAAAUCUUCCCCUAAUUUUCCUCUCUCCCCUUAUCUUUUCUUCUUCCCCUAAUUUUCCUCUCUCCCCUUAUCUUUUCUUCUUCCCCUAAUUUUCCUCUCUUCCCAAAUCUUUUCUCCUUUUCCCAAACCUUUCUCUCCCUUGCUCCAGUCUUUCUGCCUCUCUCCAGUUCUUUCUCCCUCUCCCGAAGUGUUUCAUCCGCUCCCAAAUCUCUUCCCCUUUCCCUAAUUCCUUCCCAAAUCUCUUCUCCUCUCCCCAAAUCCUCCUCUCCCUUCCCCAAGGCUUUCUGCCUCUCUCUAAUUCUUUUCCCCUCUCCUCCACUCUCUCCCCAGCUUCUUCUCUGCCCAAAUCUUUUCUCCCUUCCUUCCCUCCAUUCUCUCUUCCCCAAGCAGCUCUUCCUCCCCGAAUCCAUCCUCCCCACCCGUUCCGCAGUCUCGCCGGUUGCUCACACCGCCCCCUCCCCUUCCAGCCCCUCCCUCCGUCCCGCCCCGGUCCCGUCGCGCCUCCUGCAGCCUCCUGUUCCGCUCCGCUCCGGCUGGGGCUCGCCCGGCGGCGGAGGUGGCUGCUGCGGGCUGAGGGAAGCAGCCCCGGUACCGAGAACGGUACCGGCGAUACCGGCACAGACAUCGGCGGCACCAGCGCCGGGCAGGGCCGCGGCGGGGAGGCGCCGGACGAUGGGCAGGUGGCGAGAGGCGGUGGCGGUGGCCGGGCGGUUGGUCCAGCCCGUCCCCAGCGGCAUGGAGCCCGGUGCCGGCGCAGAAUGAAGGGUGCCCUGCGCCACCCCCCGCAGUCAUGUCUGUGCCUUUACUCAAGAUUGGAGUCGUCCUCAGCACCAUGGCCAUGAUCACCAACUGGAUGUCGCAGACGCUGCCCUCCCUCGUGGGGCUCAACACCACCAAACUCACGGCGGCCACGGGCGGCACCUUGGACCGCAGCACGGGAGUGUUGCCAACCAACCCAGAGGAAAGCUGGCAGGUCUACAGCUCUGCCCAGGAUAGCGAGGGACGUUGUAUAUGCACAGUGGUGGCACCUCAGCAGACGAUGUGCUCGCGUGAUGCCAGGACAAAACAGCUGAGACAACUAUUAGAAAAGGUGCAAAACAUGUCCCAGUCGAUAGAGGUGUUGGAUAGGCGAACUCAGAGAGACCUACAGUACGUGGAGAAGAUGGAAAAUCAGAUGAGGGGACUGGAAACAAAAUUUAAGCAAGUGGAAGAAAGCCACAAGCAGCACCUGGCGAGGCAGUUUAAGGCAAUAAAAGCGAAAAUGGAGGAACUUAGGCCUUUGAUACCAGUGUUGGAAGAGUACAAAGCCGAUGCCAAAUUGGUAUUGCAGUUUAAAGAGGAGGUCCAGAAUCUGACGUCAGUUCUAAACGAACUCCAGGAAGAGAUUGGCGCCUAUGACUACGAAGAGCUUCAGAACAGAGUGUCAAAUCUUGAAGAAAGGCUUCGUGCAUGCAUGCAAAAAUUAGCUUGUGGCAAGCUGACAGGAAUAAGUGACCCCAUCACAAUUAAGACCUCGGGGUCCCGGUUUGGCUCGUGGAUGACAGACCCUCUUGCCCCCGAGGGAGAGAACAAGGUGUGGUACAUGGACAGCUACCACAACAACCGCUUCGUGCGCGAGUACAAAUCCAUGGCCGACUUCAUGAACACCGACAACUUCACCUCCCACCGCCUCCCCCACCCCUGGUCAGGCACCGGCCAAGUGGUCUACAAUGGCUCUAUCUACUUCAACAAAUACCAAAGCCACAUAAUCAUCAGGUUUGACUUGAAAACAGAGACCAUCCUCAAGACCCGCAGCCUGGAUUAUGCCGGCUACAACAACAUGUACCACUACGCCUGGGGCGGCCACUCGGACAUCGACCUCAUGGUGGAUGAGAACGGGCUCUGGGCCGUCUACGCCACCAACCAGAACGCAGGCAACAUUGUCAUCAGCAAGCUGGACCCCAACACCCUGCAGAGCCUGCAGACCUGGAACACCAGCUACCCGAAACGCAGCGCCGGGGAAGCCUUCAUCAUCUGCGGCACGCUCUACGUCACCAACGGCUACUCGGGAGGGACCAAGGUGCACUAUGCCUACCAGACCAAUGCCUCCACCUAUGAGUACAUCGACAUCCCCUUCCAAAACAAGUACUCACACAUUUCCAUGUUGGACUACAACCCCAAGGAUCGGGCCCUCUACGCCUGGAACAACGGGCACCAAAUACUUUACAACGUCACCCUCUUCCACGUCAUCAGGUCCGAUGAGUUGUAGUCCAGCCUGGUUCAGAAACUGAUUUAGAAACAAACAAAGGAAUUAAAAGGGGAAAAAAAAAUAGGGGAGGGAGGGAAGGGAAAGAGAAAAACUCAUUUUGGAAAAACAAAACCCAUGCUAAGGGCAAGGCAACACACUUUAAACAAGGACAGGUGCAAACAGCUGCCGAAAUUAAGACCAAGGCGACAGCUGAUUCUUCAGCAUCAACCUGAGAGAUCAGCAUUCCCUCUAUGUUUCUAGAAGCCUGGCCCUGUGUUACAGACUCCCAAAGAACCAUCUCCUUGCAGCUGGAACUGCACUUAAAAAGAACCACUUCAGUUGGGGGUUUGGUUUCGUUUCUGUUCCGCUAGCAAACCUGUAGUACGCGCUAAAGAAGUAAGGCAAUGACUGUUGGAAGCUUAUCCUUGGGAGACUCCCUCUUUUCCGUGUGGUGGGUUGCAUGGACAUUCCCCUGGCAUCCUGGUCAGCUGUGAUGGAGGUGUGAGUUGUGAUUGGAAGCGGGACAAGCUGACCUGAUGAGGAGCUCUUGCUGUCUGAACAAGCCUUAUCAGAGGUUAGUUUCCCUUCCAUUGCAGCUGCUGUCUCUCAACUGUGUUCUCGUCACUUAGAGUUAAGCGCGCCGAGCCCCGAAGUAGCUCAUGGAUCUGUGUCUUUAGUGACUAUUAAACACGACGGUUUCAAGUAUGUAUUCUGAACAAGUUGUUGUACCCAUAUUGUUUGAACUUCUGUAUUCAGCAGCUAUAUUGUAUGAUGUAUGUCUGUUUAACUUACCAAGAGGUGGCAAAACAAACAAAAACCAAUAAACUCUUUGUUCAUGUCCAGUUUAAUGCAAUGGAUGUCGUAAAUGCAAUGCUGUAGUUUGGGGUUAAUGGAUGAUGGGUUUGUUUCUAAAGGUGGGGGGGGGGGGAGGGGACCAAAACAAAAGAAGGAACAAUAAAUAAAGGUCAUUAAUAAAAAUUGAAUUCAGUGUUCACCCUUCUACACAGCUAACGAACUUCAUGCUGAUGGUUACCAGAAUAUCCUCUUCCUGUUGUACUCUCUGCAUAGCAUUAACGGCGGUUGGAAGUGGCUUCUCUGGAAGUAAAUGAACAAGCAAAAGAAGAUCUGUGGCAGCAGAUUCCCGUGGGAAGCACAGUGUGGGGAAGUGGGAAGGUAAUCAGUUUGGGUUGUGGUUUGUUGGGGUUUCUUUUUUUAAAGAGGAAAACUUUGUACUCUCCACAAUUACCUAAGGAACAAUAAAAAUGACCAGGAGACUUCC